AUGGACCUCCGUGCGUGGCCCAGAACGAUGCCCUGUGAUCGGGCAGUGAACAUGAUGUGUAGCCCCCCUCUGCGGCCGGGACCCCUCACCACCAACUGUCCACAUCUGCAGCCAAACUCGGAGGUCGACACGACGGACGAAACACGCAAAAACCGGAGCGACCAGAGUGCAGAGGUGAAGAAGAUCCUCCGUGAGCACAUCAUGAGUCGCCAUCCCAACCUGGAGAGAGCGCCCCCUGUGGACAGAGCUGUGUUCAGAGUUCCAGUGUCUGACGCCAGUACAGGCCGCAGGACAGUGCGCCGGACGGUGUCGGAGCCGAUCCUCAAAUGGAAACUGAAGAAGAUGAGAUCAAACCCACUGCAGAGGAAGAGCAGUGCGCCCCCUGCAGUCCGGCACAGGGCUGACACCGGGUUAGAGUCUUCAGUGUCUGAGAGCAGCUCGUGUGACAGCCUGCUGAACGACAGCGCCACCACUCUGUCACAUGAGACGACCAGAGUUCUGCCGUCUCCAAAGAACUCACCCAACAUCACUCUGGGCCUCCCUGCUCAGGCCGGACCCCCCUCGCUCACACAUUUCUCCCCCCUCUUGGUGCCUCUGGACGUGGGCACAGCUCGACGUCUGCAGCCAGUGCUGAUCCUGGACCAGAGCACCGGCUUCCUGCACCAGCACUGUGUGGCCUUGCCUCCACAGCGCCCCCUGUCUGUGGGUCUCACUCUGGGCUCUCACGGACUUCUGAAGAGGACCAGGUCUGAGCCCCUCCCCUGCUCCGCCCUCUCGCUCCCCCACACGCCUCAUCACUUCUGGACCCAGUCUGGAGCUCUGGAGCGGUACCAGGCUAAAGAACUUCGGACUCAGGAGCAGACUAGGUCCAUUCCUGGUCCUGAUUCAAAUCUGGGUUCGGUCUGGAGCCGCAGACCCAGUGUGGACUCAGUCUAUGGCACCGAGUCCAACACCUCGUCCAGAGACAGUCUGACAGAAGCGGUGCACACGAGCCAGGGGCCCUGCGCACACCAGCUCUGGUCUCACCUCCCGGUGAUCCGAACGCAGUCUUCUCCGUCCUCCACAACUGUGAAUGUACCACUCAGGUUUACAACAGGGCUGGUGUACGACCCUCAGAUGCAGAGACACAGAUGCAGAUGUUCGGACUCCUCUCGUCAUAAUGAACGCCCUGAACGCACCGAAAGCAUCUGGAACAGGCUGAACCAGAGCGGCCUCCGGAGGCAGUGUGAGCUCGUGCGGAGCAGGAAGGCAACUCUGAAGGAGCUGCAGUCGGUUCAUUCCCAAAACUAUGUGAUGACGUUUGGCUCCGACCUUCAGGACCACGAGCGACUGGGCACAGACUCAGUCACCGAGAUCUUGUCCAGAAGGCUCCUGAUUCUGCUGCCGUGUGGAGGGACCGGGGUGGACAUCGACACGAUCUGGAACGAGCUGCACACGUCCACUGCAGCUCGAGUGGCGGCAGGCAGCGUUACCGACCUCGCCCUGAAGGUGGCGCUGGGGGAGCUUCAGAACGGCUUCGCUCUGGUGCGACCUCCGGGACAUCACGCCACACACUCCUCUCCUCUCGGCUUCUGUUACUUCAACUCUGUGGCCAUCGCCGCCAAACAAGUCCUACAGAAACUCAACCUCAACAAGAUCCUCAUCCUGGACUGGGACGUUCACCAUGGCAACGGGACGCAGGACGCCUUCUACAGCGACCCUCGGGUUCUCUACAUGUCUUUGCACCGGUACGACCAAGGAGGCUUCUUCCCCGGCAGCGGACACCCUGAUGAGGUGGGAGCAGGAGCUGGAGAAGGCUUUAAUGUGAACGUGGCCUGGACCGGGGGACUGGACCCCCCGAUGGGAGACGCAGAAUACCUCGCUGCUUUCAGGGCGGUGGUGAUGCCCAUCGCACAUGAGUUCAGUCCAGACCUGGUUCUGGUCUCAGCCGGGUUCGACGCCGCAGAGGGGAAUCCGGACGAGCUCGGGGGAUAUAAGGUCUCAGCCAAAUGCUUCGGCUUCCUCACGCGUCAGCUCAUGUCUGUGGCCGGGGGCAGAAUGGUGCUGGUGCUGGAGGGAGGGCAUCAGGUGCAAUCUCUGUGUGACUCUGCAGAGGCCUGUGUCCGCGCUCUGCUGGGGCACGAGAUGGAGCCGCUGCCGUCCUGUGUCCUGGAGAGGAAGCCGUGUGCAAAUGCCGUCCAAUCACUGCAGAGCGUCGUACAUGUGCAAAGUGAAUACUGGAGCAGUCUCCUGGACACGUCCUCAUCUCUGUCCAUGUCCUACUCAGAAGGGCAGAGGUCCAGAAUUCAUAGAGACCUAGACUCGGAGACGGUCCAGGCCAUAGCUGCUCUGUCUGUGCAUCCUCUUCACUCAGACAGGAGGCAAGACUCAGGAGAAGAGUCCAUGUGA